GCGAGAAAAUGUGUAAACUCUCGCGAGCGUAAGGACGAGUCAGACGCUAGAAGGUGAUGUGGAGAAAUGAGGUCUGAAAAGGACCCAAUGCCGGCAUGCAGAGAGAAAAGCGUCGUUGAAAUACAGUUCAGAGACAUUCAAAGAGAUCAAGAGGGUAAUCUGGGACUUUCGAAGCAGAAGGAGGAGAAGAAGGAGAUAUUUACCAAGGUGGUCAUUCGAAGGCUUCCACCAAGCCUAUCAAAGGAACAGCUAGAGGAACAGCUCAGCCCACUUCCAUCCUUCGAUUAUUUUGAGUUCUUCCCAGCUGACCAGAGCCUACACCCUCAUCUGUUCUCCAGAGCAUACAUCAACUUCAAAACCAAUGAAGAUAUCCUUCUCUUCCGGGACCGCUUUGAUGGUUAUGUUUUUAUUGACAACAAAGGCCAGGAGUACGCCGCCGUGGUAGAGUUCGCCCCCUUCCAAAAAAUCUCCAAAAAGAAGCUCAAGAAGAAAGAUGCCAAAGCUGGUAGCAUUGAAGAAGACCCGGAAUACAAGCGCUUCCUGGAGAACUACUCCUGCGAUGAGGAGAAGUCCAUGGCUAACCCAGAGACUCUGCUUGGGGAGAUAGAAGCCAAGACCAGGGAGCUCAUAGCCAAAAGAACGACGCCACUUUUGGAAUACAUCAAGAACAAGAAAAUAGAGAAACAGAGGAUAAGAGAGGAGAAACGAGAGGAGAGGAGGAGACGAGAGCUCGAGAAAAGACGACAGAGGGAGGAGGAGAAGCGCAAGAGAAGAGAGGAGGAGCGACGCAAACGCAGGGAGGCGGACAAGCAGAAGAAGUUGUCUGAGAAGGAAGUCAAAAUAAAGCUCCUGAAGAAAAGUGACAUGGAUGACGACGUGGACUCGGACCGUCUGAAGGACAAAGGCGAAGUCGCCGAGACCGACAGGAGCAAAUGGGAGAAACCGGUUGGACAGAUGAAGUCAGUGGAACCGAAGGAAAGGGUUCAGCCGGAGAGCGACAAAGAGCAGAGAGACUUACUGCAGCAACAGCACGGCCGCAGACAGAGAGACAAGGAGCACCGGGCCAAAGACGAGGAGCGUAAGCGCCAGCGGCACCACUACGACUUUGACAAGUUCAUGCGGCGGAAAGACGAAACCAAGUGGGGCAAGGGCUACUGCCAGGACCGGGCCAAGAAGGAGGGCCACCACCACGGCUUCUCCUAUUGCCCAGACGGAGGGGACAAGCUGGGCAAGGAGGACAGGGAAGACCCGGCCAGCAGGAAGGAGCGCCUUCGUAACAAGGUGAGCGAGAAGGUGAGCAUGAGCUGGAGGGGGGGCGGAGCAUAUUUCAAUGACCGACCAGCCAUGCAGCUCUACCAGCCUGGCGCACGCAACCGCAAACGCAUGAGUUCAACGGGCAAAGGUUACGACUGCGCCCCUGCGAGACGCUCGCCCGAACCGGGGUCGGAGCACUGCUAUGAGGCGGUCGCCAUGGGAACGGGGACAGAGAAGAGUAGGGAUGAGUAGACGAGCGGCAAUUCGUUCAGGGGGAGUGGACUGGGGUGUUCAUCUUCAGCUUGGAGUGAAUGGUUUUAAAAAUCAAGUAAAAACCCUUAUCCCGAGCGACUAUAAGCCCAUGUACUGUGCUAUACUUCAACAUGUAUAAAACUCAACCGCUUCAGAGCUAAUACCCAUCAAUGGACAUUAAAACUCUAAAUGGGCAAACAGAACAGUGGUUCAUUCUGUUGAAUGAAAUUUUCUCCGGAAAUAGUUGCGGUUGUGUGGAGAAAAAACACUUUAUAAGAAUGCUUGCAUCUGUAAAAUAUUCAUGCUAAUAAAGAUAAUUAUAACGGAAAUCGUGUCAGACCGUAGAUGCUAUCUGUUAACGCAGCCUUUUCGAGGUCUAUUUAUCAAAGCGUGUUAUUUCCAUUGGUGAAUUAAGUGAGGUUGUUACCUGUUAUUUGUGUCCACAUUUGCCUGAAGAAGAGUAACGACUGGAAGAGUGAUUUCAAGUUGUGAGUUUUUUAAUAGAUUUUUGGUUUUUAGCUCUUCAUCGAUUUAUCAGAAAGACCUAAAAUCUCACUUUGUAUUCAAAGGAAAUAUGUAACUAAAUAUGUCUAAUUACAUCAUAAAUUACUCCCGAUGGGUCAGUGUGUGUAUGUGUGCUUGUUUGUGCCUGUGUGUGUGUAUGUUUGAGUCUGCCUUUGUGUGUGUGUGUGUGUGUGUGUGUGUGUGUGUGUGUGUGUGUGUGUGUGUGUGUGUGUGUGUGUGUGUGUGUGUGUGUGUGUGUGUGUGUGUGUGUGUGUGUGUGUGUGUGUGUGUCUCUGAACACGUGCUUGUGUGUGUUCAUAUGUGGUGUGUGUGUGUGUGUGUGUUUGCACGCAGACCGGUGUUUGUUACCAUAUGUGUGAGAGAGUAUGCGAGACAGUAGAGGGCUGCUGGGAUUCUUCACAAUGACUUCCUUCCGCAAAAAUCAUCACUUUUGCUCUUCAAUAUCUGUUUUGUGCCCGCACUGCACCCUGCACUGCAGGGGAAAGUAUUUUCUGUGAUGGAUUUAUAUUUGUGGUACACGACAACGUCCAUGUGAAGGAAAUAAAGUCAACCCUAAACUUAGAUUUGUAAAUAAAAUCAAUAGUAAUGAUAAUUUACGUAAAUAAGACUAUUUUGGCGAUAGUCUAUUAAAAUAUUUUUUUAUUUUCUAUCGUGUGUUGAACAUUACAGAGAACCUAUUCAAACCAAAAUAUACUAAAGUGGGUAUUUGAUUAGAUCAUUUUUGCACACAACAUGUCUUACAUUUAUGUAUCAUGCCUUUAUGUCAUUUCCAACAAGAAUAAAUGGUUUUAAGCAUU